CCUUAACCGAAUGGCAUUGAAAUUAAAUAAUCUAUUUCUCUUUUAAAUGGAUCGUCACAUUAUUCGAUAAUAUUUUAUUUAGGAGGACAUAAUGAUAUUGCAAUUAUUUAUACAUUUUUCAUUUUUGCGUAGUUGUUAUGAUUUGAUAAGAUUGGUAAUCUAGUACUCGAUAAUAUUUAAUUUACCAAAACAUGAUUAUAUUGCAAUUUUAUAUAAGUAUUAUUACAAUGUGAAUUUUAGAUUUUUUGUUUUUGAGUAGAUAUCAAGAUGGUAAUCUAGUGUAAGUUAAAAGUAAGUACUCAAAAUUUAACAUUGAACUACGUAUCUCGCAUGUAGACUUUUGUUUUUCGAUUUAAUUUAUCGUGACGUCGGAGUAGCUAUUAUACCGUAUUUAACAUAUUGUACGUAGACGCUGACUCUCACUUUAGUUGAUAGGUGAUCGCUCGCGUGUGUUAGCGAGUAGCGAUCCCAUCCGUUCGUCGUACAUAACGAGGCACCAUAAUUUUUAAUAUCAACGCGUACAUGUCGACUUUGAUACUGUGAUUUUAUAUUAAUCCGUGUGAUAAAAUGAUUACUUCUGUAUUUUAUUGGAUAACUUGCAUGGCAGUGGGCAGCAACAUAAUGAACACGGCAGAAGCAAACAACAUCGGUACACAACAAAUUCCAGAAGCAAGUGAAAGCCUGUUCGGUCCAUUCGACAUCAUACUACUAGCGCUAAUCGUCGGAGGAAUCAGUUGGUAUCUCUUGGGAAAACAUAAAAAGACAACGUCAAUAGCAAAUGGCAGAUCAUACUCCAUUCAACCGACAUCAAUCAGUAUCCAAAGCACGGUAGAAAAUUCGUUCAUCAAAAAAUUACAAUCGUCCGGAAGGAGUUUGGUCGUCUUCUACGGUAGUCAAACGGGAACCGGCGAAGAAUUCGCCGGACGAUUGGCGAAAGAGGGCGUCCGUUAUAGGAUGAAAGGAAUGGUGGCCGAUCCGGAAGAAUGUGAUAUGGAAGAAUUAGUUAACUUAAAGAACAUUCCAAACUCUUUAGCCGUAUUUUGUCUAGCCACAUACGGUGAAGGAGAUCCCACAGACAACGCCAUGGAAUUUUAUGAAUGGCUGCAAAAUGGCGACGCAGAUCUUACUGGUUUAAGAUAUGCCGUAUUCGGGUUAGGAAACAAAACUUACGAACAUUACAAUAAAGUGGCCAUUUAUGUUGACAAGCGUUUGGAAGAAUUAGGUGCUACCAGACUUUACGAACUUGGAUGCGGUGACGAUGAUGCUAAUAUCGAAGACGAUUUUAUCACAUGGAAAGAUAAAUUUUGGCCAGUCGUAUGCGAACAUUUCGGAAUCGAAUCAACAGGCGAAGACAUCAGCAUGAGGCAAUAUAGAUUGGAAGAAUUCGACGAAGCACCAGAUCGGGUAUUUACGGGAGAAAUGGCCAGAUUACAGUCUCUCAAAAAUCAAAGACCACCCUUUGAUGCCAAAAACCCCUUCCUGUCGAAGAUCAAAGUCAACAGGGAGUUGCACAAGAGCGGCGACAGAUCCUGCAUGCACAUCGAAUUCGAUAUCGAAGGAUCGAAAAUGCGUUACGAUGCCGGCGACCAUCUUGCCGUCUAUCCAAUCAACGAUAUCGAAUUGGUUGACAAAGUCGGAAAAUAUUGUAGCAAGGAUCUCAAUACGAUCUUUACUUUGAUCAAUACAGACGAAGAAUCCAGCAAGAAGCAUCCUUUCCCUUGCCCGUGUUCCUACAGGACCGCCUUGUUGCAUUAUUUGGAUAUAACUUCCAAUCCUAGGACACACGUAUUGAAAGAAUUGUCUGAAUACUGUUCAGAUCAGACAGAGAAAGAUAAACUAAAAUUGAUGUCCACCGCGACUCCCGAAGGCAAGGCUUUAUACCAGAAAUGGAUAAUCGAGGACAACAGGAAUAUAGUUCAUAUAUUAGAAGAUAUGCCUUCUUGUCAACCGGCAUUAGAUCACCUCUGCGAAUUACUGCCAAGGCUACAGCCUAGAUACUAUUCAAUUUCUUCAUCUCCCAGGCUCUAUCCGAACACGGUACAUAUUACAGCCGUGGUUGUCGAGUACGACACGCCGACAGGCCGACACAACAAAGGAGUAGCCACCACGUGGCUGAAAGACAAGAUUCCAAACUCGGAAAGCGAUUUGCCGGUGGUUCCUAUUUUCAUUCGCAAAUCUCAAUUCCGAUUACCCACCAAACCACAAACGCCAAUCAUCAUGGUCGGCCCCGGAACGGGAUUCGCUCCCUUCAGAGGAUUCAUACAAGAAAGGAACGUUUGUAAGGGCGAGGGUAAGCCCGUAGGAGACACCGUUCUGUACUUCGGUUGCAGGAAGAGAAAUGAAGACUUUAUUUACGAGGAAGAGUUAGUGCAGUACGAGAAAGACGGUUUGGUGACUUUGCAUUUAGCUUUCUCAAGAGAUCAAGCCAAAAAAGUGUACGUUACACAUUUGUUGGAACAGCAAGCAGACGAAGUAUGGAAGAUAAUUGGUGACAACAAUGGACACAUCUACAUUUGCGGUGAUGCGAAAUCCAUGGCACUUGACGUCCGUUCGAUCCUGACGAAAAUCUUACAAGAAAAAGGCCAGAUGACCGAAGAACAAGCCACUGCCUAUCUGAAGAAAAUGGAAACGCAGAAACGUCUAUCAGCCGACGUGUGGAGUUAAUAACAUUCCUCGAACUAGCCAAUUUUAUUACGAAAACAACAACAAACAUUAUUUUUUUAUUGUUAAAUUGAGAAAGAAAUUUAGAGUGUUAAUUAGGUGGACCAAAAGAGACAGUUUAUUUUUACGUUGAUGUUAUUUAUUUUUUAUUAAAAAAAAAAAAAAAUUAAAAAUAUGCUUGAAGCUAUUAUUAUACGAGAUGCGAUACGUUUCUGUAUAAACAAAAUAAAUAUUUAUAGAUUUUAGUGUUAUUUUUAAAAGAAAGGUCAUUUGUCUUUUUUGUAUACUUUUUAAUCAUGUUUAGCUGAUUUAUUGGUGCCUACAAUGUACAUAUUGAUUAUAAAAUAACAUAGAA